AGUCCAAUCAUAUGCUGUAUCUCGCUGAACUCUGAAUAUCUGAAAAGUUGGAAGAAGGAAAAACUAAAAGAAAUAAGGAAGUGAGCAUGGGUGAAAAUUCUACACACAAUAAGAAAACUGGUCUGCCUCGGAAACGAUUUUAUCGAGCUCGUGCUCAUAGUAAUCCAUUAAGUGACUCACAUUUUCCUAUUCCUAUUUCUCCUGCUGAGGUUGAUUAUUCCUUACAUUACCCUGAAGUGGUUAAAGUAGAUGCUUCUAAAAAGAUCCAGUUUGCUGAUGUUGGUUGUGGAUUUGGUGGUUUAUUGAUCGCCCUUGCGCCCCUUUUCCCUGAUAAUCUUAUGAUUGGGAUGGAGCUGCGGGACAAGGUGACAGAGUAUGUGAAGGAGCGGAUUUUGGGGCUGAGGACGACUAAUCCUGGUCAAUACCAGAAUAUUUCUGUGGUACGGACCAAUUCAAUGAAGUAUAUUCCUAAUUAUUUUGGGAAAGGACAGCUUAAAAAGAUGUUUUUCUUGUUCCCGGAUCCCCAUUUCAAAGAGAAGAAUCAUCGUCGACGUGUUAUUAGUCCAUUCUUGCUAGAUGAGUAUGCAUAUGUGCUUGCAGUUGGUGGAAUUAUAUACACAAUAACGGAUGUAGAGGAGCUUGGUGAGUGGAUGAAAUCAUGUUUGGAAGAACAUCCGAUGUUUGAGGCACUUACAACUGAAGAACUUGAAGCUGAUCAGGUUGUAAAGCUCCUUAGUGCUGCAACAGAAGAAGGACAAAAGGUAGCACGCAACGGUGGACAAACAUUCCAAGCUGUUUAUAGACGAAUUGCAACUCACUGAAUGUUAUGGUCAAAUUCUAGGGAUUUUCAUACCUCCUGUUUCAUGGUAAGAGAUGAGAUAUCCUCCAUCUUCCAUUGUUGAGUCAAUAGAAAUGUGGUCUGCUCGUGACUGAUUAUGGAAAUUAAUCACCAUUCUGCGCCUUUUUCUUAAUUUUGAUUGUUCCAUUCUUGAGAAUGCAGUUAGUUUUGGUUUAUUUUAACUACCUUUAUCCUUUAUAAAGGCAACUCAUCCGCUUUUCCAAGCCUGCUCUUGCAAAAUU